AUGAACAAGAGAAAGGCACUGAGAAGCAGGUGGAAACGGCAGAGAUGGUUCGCCAAAACGAGAGCAUUCUUGGAGAUUCCAAACCUGGCGAUCGUCAAAGUUUUGGUGAUGAGCAGCUCAGCUACGUUCACAUCAGGAAUUGCCUUAGCCUUUGAAUGGUUAUUUCACGGCAGGAGCCACACAGGAUUCACGUGGAUCAUCUACUACGCAUUGUUCUUGAUCUGUCUUCCUCUUCUCCUCUUGAUUGGUCUCCGUAUCCUCAUGGCCAUCUCUUGCUCUAGCCGCGGCUCAUCCAGUCAGAUUGUAGACUCAGUCGCAGCAGCAGCAGCCAAAGACCCUUGUGCUGAUGAGGCGCAGAAAACUGAAGAAACGGAGAAAAACAGUUGCCGGAGUUUAGCUGUUGUAGUUGAUUCUGAUGAAAGGAAGAUGAACAGAGACGAGAAAACUCUAAAACGCGCCGUUUCAUUCCCUUCUCAUGGCAAAGUAAGAUCAUGUCGUACUCGUUAAAGACAAAAAUGAAAAAAAAACUAAUGUUGUUUAACUUUUAGUUAUCAGAUUGAUCCAGGAAUCUAAUAAUCAUAAUAAUAAACAUUUCUGAAGUUUUCUUUGACAUUUUUUUUCAAUGAUCCUCAGAAAAAUCGAAUUUAGUAGACUUUUUCUCUUCUGUUCUGUUUUUGCAUUACGAGUGUCUCGAAAUCGUAAAGUUCAUGAAUAUUGUCACGUGUCAUGACGAGUCCAAUCAAUGAGGUUGCAUAUGUGUGGGUUCCAUGUGCCGCGUCAAUGUCUCAACAAUCCGCACACGUGCGGCGAUUUCGAAAAGUUCAUUUUCAACGAUUAGUUGCGAGAGGACUGGAUUCUAUUUGAAAAUGAUUAGAUAGGAUUAAAGAAAAAAAAUCCCCAGUUGACUGGACCCUUGGAGUUUGGGCCUAUGCGCAUGUACAUAACAUUAAACUAUACGGUAAAAUUAUUUUAAACAAGCGGUAAGAGCAUCUCCAAUGUAUAUCUCUAUAUUUUCCUCUAAAAUAGAGAUCUCUAUUAUAGAGGUGAAUUUGCUCUAAUGUAUGUCUCUAUAAUAGAGUUCCUCUAUUUUAGAGGAAAAUAUAGAGGAAUCCUACUUUUUACUUCUAUAUUUAGAGAUGAAAAUAACAAAUCUCUAUAUUUUCCUCUAUAAAUAGAGGAACUCUAUUAUAGAGGCAUACAUUGGAGCAAAUUCACCUCUAUAAUA